AAUGUCAUUUGUACAUUCAUACUUCGGCAUUAACCGUUCAUUAUUUAUAUAUUUAGUUAGUGUCUGAUCGUGUUGUAGCGACGUGUGACUUUUUUUUUAUACCCAGGCUCAGUGAAGAGUGAAAGAAAGUGGUUGUAGAUAAUAUACUAAAACAAUAAAAAUUAUUUCAACAUUACACGGUCGUUUAGUAGAAUAGUGUCAAUACAAAUUGAACAAAAGGAUUUAUUUAAAGUUGUCAAUUAAACAUAUGGAUGAUGCAAAUGUGUUUGAUGAGGCAUGUGAAUAGUUUGUGAAAACGGUAUAAUACGGUAAAAACGGUGUGUCGAUGAAUUAGCAAAGAAGCGUAAACGUCAACCGAUUUUAUUUAAACAUUAAUUAUGGUGUCCUAUUUCCCCCCACCAACAAUGUAUUCGAAAAAUCACGGAUCGAAUCUACCAUAUCCGGCGGCAUCAUGGUAUUCCAACUAUCAUCCCAGCAAUUCCCAAUUUAUCAGCGAAUCCGAAAUAUCACAUCAUCAAGCGGCAAUGUACUAUUCGCCGCAUUUGUUCCAAUCGAGUCCGGAUUGGGCGCAUGAAAAUUUCCCAGGGCCACAGAAUGGCCUGCCGCCGCCGGGCAGUGGUGUCGGAUUACAUCACAUCAAUCAGCAUCAUGUUCACAAUAGUGAUCACAUAAGCGAAGGAUUACAAAAUUUACCUUCGCCACCGGUUACGGUGUCUGGAAGUGAAGUGUCCAGUCCCGGUAUAACCAACGAAAGUGCCUCACCGCAAACGUCGUUGCGGCCGACUUCAGUUAAAAGUCCAUUUGAAUGGAUGAAAAAACCGUCGUACCAAAAUCAACCCAAUACAGUAAUUUGUGACGAUAGCUUGAAUAUCCCAAUGCAGUUGGAUUCCCCAUCACUAACUUUCGGUCAAGUGGACGGAAUUGGAAAAACACGCACCAAGGACAAAUAUCGAGUCGUUUACACAGACUAUCAGCGACUCGAGCUGGAAAAGGAGUACCAUACAUCCAAAUACAUAACAAUUCGAAGAAAGUCUGAAUUGGCCCAAUCACUACAGCUGUCCGAGCGUCAGGUGAAAAUUUGGUUCCAAAAUCGACGUGCAAAAGAUCGUAAAACGGUCAAAAAGAAUGGCGGCGAUACGUCCACAAUGCAUCCGACAUCGAUAGGACACAAUUCGCCUGGCCUUGAUAUAAAACCGAAACUCGAAGGAAGUCUACUGCAUCAUCCGAUGGGCAUGGGCAUGGGUAUGGGUAUGGGACAAUUGCAUCAUUUCGCAUCGUCACAUCACUUUGGACCGUCGUCGCUGCCGCCGCCGCCAUCACAGCAUACCAUGAAUCAAGCGCAUCAGGUGCAGUAAUUUACAAGAAUUUUUUUCGCGCACAUUUCUUUACGAAUUGUGACAACAACACACACACUCUAAAGAAUGUAGCGUUGUUUAGCAUUAUACGGCUCAUUUGUUAUGAUCCGCGAUAGUAGAACCGAUUUAACUGACAAAAUUUGAAAUUAGCUAUUGUCGGACGGUCGUUUUAGGGAUUGAUUUUGUGAGAUUUAACUUAUUUUCUUACGUUUACGUUUUUGAUUUUUCUUUUUCUUUAAAUUAAUCGAAUCAUAUCAUCGCAUCGGUGUUGUGAGGAACGACCAAAGGUUUAAUUUUCUGACGAAACUGUUUUGAAAGUGAAUUUACUUAUAAUCGAAAGCUUUUGUGCGUGCCUAAUUUAUACACCUAGACGACGGGACAGUUCAUGUAUUCUCUUUGUUCGAAAAGGUGUAAAUUGUCCAUCAGAAAAUUUUGUGAAUCGAAAGGCAGAGGACAUCUGUGGCAAGUUUUGUUGGAUGAUAUGAAAUUAAAAUCGAUUCUACUUAAAAUCAAACGAAAAUUUCUUUCUCUAGUAAACUCCCUAAAUGUCCUUCGUAUGCGAUGAGCCGGACAUCGUAUCAUUGUUGACUGUGGUGCACUGUAGUAGCUGAAUCUUGGAAAGUAUGAAGCCUCACAUUAAAAAUGUCCAUCUUCCUAACGAGUCUAGAAAGGUCAAACCGAGAGGUAAACGACUUCCGCAACAGGUGUGACGGGAGCUGAAGACAAUGAUUUUGAUUCCCAUAAGAAUUCCUAUAGAGAUGUUUCGGAUGUUGUGGUGAAUUCCUAGAGUCAUAUAUCUUUCCUUACCUGUACACAAUGUCCCUUUCCCAAAUACGGCUGUAGAAGCGUCAUAAUAUUUGAUCCAGAAAGGCCCAAUUCUUCAAAUGACAUAAUUUCCGUUGUAGAUCCAGUGUAAACAAUGAAAUCAAGAAUGGCUCCAGUCUCGCAGUCUCAAAGAACGAAUAGUUUCACUCCGAAACGAUGACGCUUGGAUGAGAUGCACUCUUUGAAACAGAGACGUUCCCCACAACAUCAAACUUUCAUCGAUGGCCAAAUUUUUGUAGGCAUUUAUGUAAUACGAGAAUCUCUCCUUCAGCAGUUCCAUGACAGGCCUAAUUCUAAAUAAUCUAUCGCCUGAUACCUGAUUUUCGUUGUCUCCGAAAUGUAGAGCUCGGAGUAUUUCGAGGAAACGGUCUCUCGGCAUAAUUUGUUUGAAAAUAGGCGUUUCAAUCAGUGGGUCUGUCGGCCAAUAUUCCUGCAUUUUCGAAUUUUACAGCUGACAUCAGCAUAAAAGUUCCAAGGAAAGCAUACAUUUCCUUUCGAUCAAUAGGUUCCCAGGCUUUUGAUGUCUUCUGUUAUUGCAAUCUUUGCAUCGAACUUGAAUUGAUUCAUGAUAUUUGUUCGAUUGCUCAACGAUCAUGUCCAAAAGUUUUUCAUCGAAAAAUAAUUCGAAAAAAAUAAUUCAUCGUAAUUCGAAUCGUCAGGAUCUGGAACAAUAGAUGAGAGUCCUGACGCAGAUGCGUCGAAAUCAAAAAGUUUUGGUACAAAAUGUUCAGAUUUCCAACCAUUUACUUGACCUUGAAUUCGAUUUCUCUUUUUCUUUGCAGCUGACAGACAAUUUUUGUUUUUUGUCGGUGGGAUCGACACCUUUCCCGUCUUCGAAGAUCCAGUCGACGAUGUGUCACGCCUAAUGUCGAUGAUUACCCACAGAUGAUUCCAAAGCAUUGACUUCGGACACGUAUUUUUUAUUCUGAUGACAUUUAUUUGAUUGAUUUUUCGAUCGUACGUUUCUUGAAACGAUCUUUUUUUCUUUUUUAUUUUUAUUUACUUGAGAUUUAUCAUUCUUUUGUAUUAAAUUUUUUGAUGUCAAAAUUUUUGGUUUUUUUCGAACUGGUUCAUAAUCUUCAUAGCUACUAUCUGUUUCCGUGCAAUAGACACUUUCUUCAGCUUCGGAGUCACUUUCGGAUUCAAGAUUGGUGUAAAAGUCGAUGAACUCGAUCAUUACGCCGGAGGUUCUUUUUCGUUAAAUAUUUUUUUGUGACUGUCAAAUGACGCAAUGACUAUAAUAAUUACGCCAAUGACAACGGUCUGCUUCUACGGAAAAAUUGAAUUUCAACAAUUGCAAUUGCACAAACGAAUGUCUGCCGUUUCUAAAAGGUUCAAUAAAAACGGUUUCUGUGAAUUCAACUAACAUUUUAUCCCGUGAGGUCGAUGUUGAAAAAUUCGUGUAGUGAGCGAGAGAAUUGAAUGAAACGCAAGUAUCGCUGAAAAUGAUGAGCUUGUACGCUAAUUGGUGCUCUUGCUUUAUAGAACAUAUCAUCUAUUACUUCGAUUCUACUUCAAAAUUUUACGAAAGGAAAUCCUCUAAUUCAUAAAUCUGAUUUAAGGUAAAAGCAAAAUAAAAUGAUCGACUCUGGUUUUUGACAAUUGAAAUUCAAUUGUCAAAAACCAGACUCGAUCAUUUUAUUUUGCUUUCAUUUUAUUAAAUCAUAAAAAGCUUCUAAAAUACUUUGAAAAUCCAUAUACAAUGAGUAAAAAGUCCUCUGAAAAUCUUUGGAAAACCUGACCUGACCUGACCUGACCUGACAUAAUCAAGCCUGGUGCCUUUGCACACUAUACUUUGUCAACUAGAUUUACUCCCCUAUGAAGAAUCUUUUACUUCAUUUGUUUUCACAUAGAUUUUGCUACAAAUCUAAAAUGAUUCGGCUCAUCGCUUACCUUUACCAUCGCUGUCGAUAACAGAUGACUUAGGUCACCAUCGAAACAUCUGAUGAAUCGUUUUAUGUCAAGAAAAAGCAAACUUUUUUUUUGCAAAGUUGUGUUACAUUACUAUGACACAAACUACAAAACCCAUACAAACAUUGUAAUAACCUUAAAUUUAACUCUUGUUCAUGUCGCUUCAACUUACAAAAAUCAAUUUUGUUAUUUUGAUUUUAGCACAUUUAAAGUAUUAAUUGAAUGGAUGGGAAAUUGGAAUGUAUGGAAGUGGAACGAUGUGAAUAUUUUGGAGCUUUUUUUAUUGUUCAAAUUUUGAGUUCUUCUUUCAAACAAAAACUUUUACCGGCAAAAAGUUUUUAUUUUAUUUAAUUUUUUUUUGUUGCAAAAUAUUAAUCAUCCCAUUGGCUAUUUAAAUGAUUUUCGGUUUGUUUUUAAUUUUUUUCUUCGCAUCAAAUAUUACGUCCAUCAUUUAUUUUAUAAGAAAUAUAAACGGAAGGUGACAGAGUAAACAAUUUAAACAAAAGAAGAAGAAAAUUUCAAUUUAAUGUUUAAAAAUGAAUUUAAAAAAAUAUGUUUGCACCACAACAAUGAAAUAACAAAAAAAAAAAACAAUUUACUACAUGUAGCGUUAAGUGCAAUUAUUAGCUAUUACUACUACUAUACUACUACUACUUAUAUGUUGAUAGUGUUUUAAAUGAAAUAAUAAAAAAAUCUUCUUGCGAAAAAAAUCACAUUAAAAUUAUUAUUAUAAUGAAAUUAUAAAUUAUUCUUAAAUUGUAUAUUUCAUAAAAAUUAAGCACCCGUCCCAAUCUAAUUAAAAAAAAACUUAAAAAAAAGAAAAUGAAAAAAAAAACGAAAAACUUAAGAGUGCAAUUAAAAACCAGAAGAGAAAGAAAGAAAGAGAGAGAAAAAACAAAAAAAUGUUUAAUUAUGAAUUCAUUGUAAGGAUAUUUAGACCAGAUUACAAUAUUUAUAAAGUCAUUACACACAUGUACAUACAAUUUAUAUUUUUAAGUUUUAAAUUCAAAUUUAAACAAAAACAAACAAACAAAAAAUGUAACAAAAACCGAUUGGUCCAUCGUGUUUCGGUAUUUUGUUCAAGUGUUGUGUUGAAUUGCAAAAAUGAAGAAAUUUAAAUAAAAAUGGAUACACAUAAAA